CAACCCUUUUUGUCAAGCAAUUUCUCUCGCUCCGUCCGUCGUCGCCGCGUAGCGUAAAACCCCGCCUUGGGCCUCUCUGGGUCUCUCUAGGCCUCCGGAGGACUUGCCAUCUGUUUCCGGCGGCGCUCGGCGGCAGCGGGCGGGUCUGUCUUGAGGCUCCAUCGGAGUGCACAGUCGCGGCUUUUUGGUUCCCGCGUGUUCGGUGAUUAGGCAGCAGGAGAUGUCGGGCCUCGUUGCGAGGUUUAAUUCAUUCAAAAGGAUUAAUAUACGGCAUCAUUUGAGUAUGUCCAACCACACGGAUGCAGCACAAGAAGUACUAUUAGAAAGAAAAGGUUGUGGAGGAGUGAUAACACUAAACAGACCAAAGAUGCUAAAUGCGUUGACUCUUAAUAUGACCCGGCAGAUUUAUCCACAGCUAAAGAAGUGGGAACAAGAUCCUGAAACUUUCCUGAUCAUAAUAAAGGGAGCUGGUGGAAAGGCUUUUUGUGCAGGGGGUGAUGUCAUAGCAAUUGCAAAGGGAGAGCGGAAGAUAGCUCAGGAUUUCUUCAGAGAAGAAUACAUGCUAAACAAUGCCAUUGGUUCUUGCCAGAAACCAUAUGUUGCACUUAUUCAUGGAAUUACAAUGGGUGGGGGAGUUGGACUCUCGGUUCAUGGACAGUUCCGAGUGGCUACUGAAAAGACUCUUUUUGCAAUGCCGGAGACUGCAAUAGGACUAUUCCCUGAUGUCGGUGGAGGUUAUUUUUUGCCAAGACUUCAAGGAAAACUUGGUUACUUCCUUGCAUUAACAGGAUUCAAGCUGAAAGGAAGAGAUGUGUACAAAGUAGGAAUUGCUACACAUUUUGUAGAUUCUGAAAAGUUGGGCAUGUUAGAAGAAGAUUUGUUAGCCCUGAAAUCUCCUUCAAAAGAAAAUAUUGCAGAUGUCUUAGAAACUUACCAUAUGAAGUCCAAGAUUGAUCAAGGCAAGCCUUUCAUACUUGAGGAACAUAUGGACAAAAUAAACAGUUGGUUCUCUGCCAAUAAUGUGGAACAGAUUAUUGAAAAUUUACAGCAGGAUGGUUCACCUUUUGCUCUAGAGCAGUUGAAGGUAAUUAAUAAAAUGUCUCCAACAUCUCUAAAGAUCACAUUAAAACAACUCAUGGAGGGGUCUUCAAAGACCUUGCCAGAAGUAUUAACUAUGGAGUAUCGUCUGAGUCAAGCUUGCAUGAGAGGUCAUGACUUUAAGGAAGGCGUUAGGGCAGUUUUAAUAGAUAAAGACCAGAGUCCAAAGUGGAAACCAGCCACUCUAAAAGAAGUUACUGAUGAAGAUUUGAAAAAUUCCUUUAAAUCUCUGGGAAGCAAUGAUUUGAAAUUUUGAAGUGACUGGAUUUGGAAGGUAUUUUGGAGCAGGGGUCAGCAAACUAUGACACAUGGCCCAAAUCUGGCCUGCUCCCUGUUUUUUAUAUAUUCCUCAAGCUGGGAAUAGUUUCUGCAUUUUUAAAUGAACGGGGAGAAAAACCAAAGACUAAUUUUUCAUGACCUGUGAAAAUUGCAUGAAAUGCAAAUACCAGUGUCCGUAAAUAAAGCUUUAUUGGAACAUAGCUGUACUCAUCCAUUUACAUAUUAUCUAUGGCUGCUUUGAGUAAUUGUAGCAGAGACAGUUAAGACCUGCAAAGCCUAAAAUAUUUACUAUCUGGUCCUUUUCAGAAAAAGUUUGCCAACACCUGUUUUAGAAGAUGGGAAAUUUGAAGGUCUCUAGAGAUUCUUGUGUUAGUAUAUCUAAUUAAAAUGGGAACUUCAUGUUAUAGCUUUUGGUAGCGGUUUGUGUUUUGGUUAAAUAAAUGUAUAGAUUAUAAAAAAUAAAAACCCUGACAUUUUUUUGAUACUCUGUUAAUGUUUCAUAGAAUUUUCUUCAUAUAUCAAUCUGUUUAAAAGUAAUUGUGAGUUACCAUAGCAGAAGUGUUCCUUUCAUAACAUUUGAAAUCUCAGGCAAAGAUUUUUGUAAAGUUGUCUUUUCAGUAUUAUUAACUUAGCCUUGGCAUUUUCUAAAGUUAACCACAAUCCCUACCUGUGGCAAAAGUGAAUUAUUUUUUGCUCUUUGCAAUAUUUGCUAACAUGACAGAAU